AUUCCCGGGCCCGGAAGGAGGCCGGGCAGCCGGAAACUGGGUCUGUGAAGCCAGUGUCGAGUUGUCCGCGAAGCAGAGAGCUGGGCCCGCGACAUGGCGGGGCUGGAGCUCCUGUCUGACCAGGGUUACCGGGUGGAUGGUCGUCGCGCCGGGGAACUGCGCAAGAUCCAGGCGCGGAUGGGCGUUUUCGCGCAGGCCGACGGCUCGGCCUACAUCGAGCAGGGCAACACCAAGGCGCUGGCAGUGGUCUACGGGCCGCACGAGAUUCGGGGUUCCAGGUCUCGAGCCCUGCCUGACCGGGCUCUGGUGAACUGUCAGUAUAGUUCAGCAACCUUCAGCACAGGGGAGCGCAAGCGGAGGCCACAUGGAGACCGCAAGUCUUGUGAAAUGGGCCUACAGCUGCGCCAGACCUUUGAGGCAGCCAUUCUUACUCAGCUGCACCCACGAUCCCAGAUUGACAUCUAUGUGCAGGUGCUGCAGGCAGAUGGUGGAACCUAUGCAGCUUGUGUGAAUGCAGCCACACUGGCAGUGCUGGAUGCUGGGAUACCCAUGCGGGACUUUGUGUGUGCGUGUUCAGCUGGUUUUGUGGAAGGCACAGCUCUGGCAGACCUCAGCCAUGUGGAGGAAGCAGCUGGUGGCCCCCAACUAGCCCUGGCCUUGCUGCCAGCCUCAGGCCAAAUCGCACUGCUUGAAAUGGAUGCCCGGUUGCAUGAGGACCACUUGGAGCGGGUGCUAGAGGCCGCUGCCCAAGCCGCCAGAGAUGUGCACACCUUGUUGGACCAUGUGGUACGGCAGCAUGUGCGCGAAGCAUCUAUCUUGCUAGGGGACUGAGCACCUAACCACCUGUGUCCAGAAUAAAGUCCUGCUCCUCUGCUCAACAUUCUUUGCUGUAUAGCACUUCCAGACAGUUUGAAGAUCUGUAGCGCUUGGGCUGGUGCUGGCUGUGGGGAAUGACUUGAGGAGCCAACCCCACAUAAGAACUAUUUGUCUCUUGGGCCUCAGAAUUCAAACCUCCAGAAGGCUGGAGGGAGGGUGGGGUGUGGCUGUCUGGGUGGAGAAAGCAGUCUGUUGAUGAGAAAAACCAAGCCUCAGACCAAAGAGUCUGCCAUCCUCAGACUAGUCCAUCCAGAACCUGGGUACAAGGGUUAAAGGAAACCUUGGCUGACUAUAGGUAACCACCAGAGAUGUGAGGCCACAGGUAGAGCUAAUACCCAUCUUAUCCCCUUGGGCCUUUUCCUGCUGCUUACCUUGAGCUCUAAACUACAACAGAGGUCUGGGAUUGUGGCUCAAUGGUAGAGCACUUGCCUAGCGUGU